GAUAGGGACGAUUGAACUUAUUCUAUCUAAUAGUAACGGGAAUUAUCAAAUGAAUAGAAUAACUUUAACAUAAGAAUCCGUUUCAAAAGUUUAGAAUCUUAUUCGAAAAUAUUUAAUAAAAUUGGUAUGCUAAUUUCAUAUUAUUUGCACGAAGAAGGCAAAAUGGAACAUAAAUGUGAUUUUAAACCAAACGUUUCAUUAAAAUAGAAAUAGAUACAAGCAGUCGAUCGACCCGUGUUAUUUUUGAGGAGAUAUCCACACCAACUAUUUGAGUCAGCGUAACUGGUGAAGCGAGGGAUUCUUCACAACGUACUAGUCAACUACAUGAAGGCAUCCUACCAAAGAUCAUUAUUUUAAUAAAAGUAACAACAUCACAAUGAAAAAAGUACCAGAUAGUACCACUUUACGCAGCCCAGUCAUCGUGAAUCAUUCGGACUUGCGAAUUACGAUUAUUAGAGGGGACGUAAAACCAGUUCCCAAGGCCCACGAUAAAAUCAUGGUUUCCCCAAAAGAAUUAUUGUCCAAAUACUACAGUUACCAGCCUACUCCCAUAAAACAAAUGAAUUCAUCCCGACUGAAGACGCCAAAAAAAAUCAAAUCUAUAAAAAUUCAAAGUGUUACACCAGUUAUUAAGCAGCCAUCUAGCAAAGAGGCAGCCCCGCGGACUAGUUUGUUUGAUUUAGAAGGACCAGCAGAUUUUUAUAGGUAUAUGUGGGAGACGAAUACUCACUUGCCUCCAAAAAAGAGGUUUUGUCUUCAUAUGUUUUAUGGGUCUAAUAUAAAUAGACACCCGAAUAUAUUCAAAGUAAAUACUGGAAAUUGGGCUUCAGAGAAUAAAACAAUAUUGAAACAGAAAACCGAUAAAACAAGCGUUAUUACAUCGACUCCGAGGACAGUAAUUAAUUCAGAAAAUGUAUCGAAUAAAGUCCAAAUCGAUAAUUCACAUGCCUUGGAGCAAGAAUGCCUUAGUGAGGAUGAAGGCAUACAUCAUGAUCGUGAUGAACAUUGGCAAAGCAAUAUUGUUGAUAAUCAACCCAACCAAAUCCUAGAGCCUACACAUGACCAUUUGUACGCACAGCAGACUGACAUUGAUUACAAUGAGGACAAUAUCGAUUCAGAAUGCGACACCACGUGCUCUGAGGUAGAACAUAAAGGUAUUGACCAGACGAAAAUUACAAGAAGUAUGUUAAAAAAUGAGACGGAAAGUAUCGAUUUAUGCGAUACCACGGACUCGGAAUCAGAAGAUGAAGGUGCGAGUAUUAUACAAACAGAAAUGGCAAGGCGGAUGUUGGAUCCUAGAAUGGUUCCCAUAGGUGAUGGUAGUGUGUACGUGCCGAGAGAUUUCCUAAUGUGCAUCGAUUGGACCUCGUACACCAAAGCCACAAGAUCGUUAUUGACAUCAGUAUUCCCUCGCAGAAUGCUGGCAACUCAUUCAUUGACGGGAAAACCUCCCCCGGGCUUCCCAAAUAUGGCACGAAAGAAAAAAUUACCUAGCAAGUUUAUUGAUGACAUAGUUUACUGCGUUGCAGAGAAGUGUGGUGUAUCUGCAAGGCUAGUGCGUACCAUCAUCACGAUGAAGUGUACAAAUUCGAGCAAAUGCGAAAGAAAAAAAUUAAAGAAGGAUUAAUAAUUUUAAGUUACAGACGAAAAUAGCUUUUAAGUUAGGUAUUAAUAGGUUAGAUUUUAAGAAGAGUUAUUUUGACCAGCGAACAAGUUACAUUAGUAUUAAAACGACUCAGUUUUAGUGUAUCACUAUUAUUAUAAUUCAUCUUUAGCGAUUAAAAGCAUAAAUUAGGAAAGUCGACUGCACAUCAGUCUACACAUUUUAAAAUAACACCUAUUACAAUAGAAUAGGGGUAAAAGUAUGAAAUUGCCGAUUUUUUUUCGAAAUUU